ACUUCUUCAGCUCGCUCGCGUAAUUUCUCGGUGCUGCCUUCUUCUCUUCUCCAUUUGCUUCACUCUCCUGCUCCGCUCUCACUCCAGCCCUCACCGCUGGCGCAAAGAUAACGAUCAAAUUUUCCGAAAAAAUCCCUUCUUUCAGGUAAUUUGCUGUCUCCCACACCCUCCCAAUCCUUUUUUCUUCACUUUCCCCAUUAUACCACUGUUUUUUUCACUCCGCGCCCCUGCCCCGUCUCCCCUCCUUCCUCCGUCGAACAUAAAUGGAUGAUCUUGCGCCUCCGGAAACACUAACCACCGAUCCGAUCCCCACCGAAAGCUCCGAUCUUGGGGCUGAAACCCUAGUGCAAAGCUCCAACAAUGCUGUUAGGGAUGCUUCGUUCGUCGCCGGCGACUUCGUUUGGGCGAAAGUCAAAGGUCCGUUAUGGUGGCCGGCGCUCGUCUCGCCGGAGAAGAAGCAGGAUUCUGUUCUCGUCUCCUAUUUUGGAGACUGCGAUACUUUAGCCUGGUGCGAACCCAAGCAGCUGAAACCUUUCCUCAAGGUGUUUGACGAAAUGUCUAAGCAGAGCAGCUCCAAUAGUUUUUUGCGUGCUUUUGAAAGCUGUAUGAAGGGGAUUGAGGGGAGUCUGGUGCUGGAGAUGACCUGCCAUUGUGUCCCGGUUGAAGCCCGGCCGAAGCCGACACUAGAAUUAGGUAGCAAUGAGGUUCCUAUUGCUAAUAUUUCGCCAAUGGAGUUUAUGGAUUGGAUAAUAGAUGCGGCGAGGGAUGUUUUCGUGGUGCAUUCGAUUGAGAUUCUCCAGUUGAAGAGUUGGGUGUUCGCUUUUGGAAGAGGUUCGAUGCAGGGAGAGUCGUUGGAAUUUCGCCGGCGACGAGGGAUUGAGGAUUUGGUGGAUAAAAUUGAUCUUGAUGCGUUGCCCGUGGAAAUGGUUGGCGGAAAGGAUGAAGAAGACGGGGGCUUGGUUGUAGGGGCAUCGAAGAGGAGGAUGAGGAGGAGCGCACGAAAGCCGGUAAUGGAGGUGGCUUUGGAUGCAUUAGAGAUGGAUGAGGACGAAGAGGAGAAGGAGGCGACGGCGGCGGCGGAGAGGAUUUUGAGGUCUACAAGGUGGAAGAGUAAGGGAAAGUUGGAAGUUUUAACGGCAGAAGAAGAGAUUGGCUCUAGCUCAGGUAGAAGGGAGAGGAAGAAAAGUAAGUAUCUUUCGCCUCCAUAUACGAAUUUGAAAGAGGUGGGUAAGUUUUUGGCCACAUUACCGAAGAAUUCGGAGGAGAAGUCUCGAAAAGCUGCAAACUUUCCUGAUCACAGUGAAGAAGAAGAUGAUAAAAAUAGCUAUUUGGUGAAAAUUGAAAGGAUGCCGAUGCUCGAGUUCUUUUCUGAAUUCGUUGCUGCAGCAAAGGAUCCUCUUCAUUUAAAAGGCCAUAGGACCGCCGAAGUUAUCAAAUACUUCUUUGCUGUGUAUAGAAAAUCUGAGUACUCCGGAGGUGAUGAGAUCGAAGAUUACAAGGAACUGGUGUGUGAAUCUAUAGCUAAAACUGAAGAUGGUGUCGAUGAUGCCAGAAAACACGAGCACGACGAUAGGAAUAACAAGCAUGGAGCUCACAAGGAAACUAGCUUGGAUCUUAAACAGCGGAAAAGUAAUAGCAAGCGUGUAGCUGAUCAGGAAAUUAAGUUUGAUUUCGAAGAACCUAAGAGGAUUCGCAAGAAUGAAACCAUUCAGGGUAAUGAUUCGGAUUCUAAACGAAAGAAGAGUCAUAGUUUGGAGAAAAAAAGGCCUAGAAGGAAAAAGAUAUCAAACGAUGGGAGAGGCCAUGGAGUUUCCCUCAAUCUUGAUUUACAAGUUGAAGAUACUUUUGAUGGAGGCGAAGCAGAACGAAGGACUGGAAACAAUAAGAAUGGCACCAGCCAGGAAACACCUGCUUUGAAUGAAGGCGAAGAGAAACAGAAGCCUAGCAGGAAGAAGAAGAAGAUGAAUGAUGGAAUCAGUAAGGGAGUUCUAGCUGGUUUCAAUCUCCACGACGUAGAUGGUGGUUCGAGUGAGAGCAAACCUGGACGAGGUACAAAAAGAUCGAAGAAUGAUGCCAACGGCGAAGCGGUGGUGAACGCUGAUCUGCAAAUUGUAAGCAGUUUUAAUGAAGGUGGCUCAGAAAAAAAGGUGAGGAAUCGCAAGGAUGUUGCUAUAAAUUCUCAAAAACCAAUUUUGACGAAUGAGAAGAAGAUUAGAAGUAAGGAAGAUGCUGCUAAUAGCAAAAACUUCCAAAAUUUGGUUGUUAAAAAAACAAAAUUUGUUGGAGGAGCUAAGUCAAGUCCCAGGAAAAAGGGUGAUACGGGUGCCGGUCCCCCAAAAUCGAAGAUUGGAAGGCGGAAGGUGAAGAAGGCUGAUCCUCUUUAUGGAAGACAGGCGGCUCUUCAGCUGACCUUCCAUUCUGGCAUUGCUCUUCCUUCCAUCGAAGAUCUCAUCACCUCAUAUACCAAGUAUGGCAAUUUGAUCGACACCGGUGUUGAGUUGUUUGAAGAAUCAAACUCUGCACGUGUCGUGUUUGCGAAAGCCUCGGAUGCGGAAAAUGCAUUUAAAGAUAAAGCUGGCCCCUUUGGUUCCGUCGCCACCUAUCGACUCCAUUACUUGUCCGAAAACCUCAUCAAUCCUUCACAGACGAAUCACGAACUCGUCUCCUCCAUAUCUCCUUCGCAACAGAGUACCGAUCUAAAGUCCACAGUUCUUAAGCCUCCACUUCCAUACAUAAGAAAAAGCUUAGAAACGAUGAUUUCUACUCUCGCUUCUUCUUCUUCGUCUCCGGUCAACAUUGCUGGUUCUUCAUCCGAUGGGUUGAAGCCGGAGGCUAGGGAUAAUCUGGUUGGUGAGAUGCAGGGCCUUCUUCAGAAGGUGGAGAAGAUGCUGAAUGGACCUGGUUCUACCUCUUCCACUUAGUCUAGAGAAUAAAUUUCUAUAUUAGUUUUAGACUCAUGUUUUUUUUCCUUUAUGUCCUUGUAUUUUUUUUAAAUUUUUCUUGGAAUGCACCUCUCUUCCCAUUGUCUAUUAUUUAGUCUUUUAUGUAAUGUUAGGCUGAGAUUACAACUUAUGGGAUAGCUCCUGUGAAUGGUAGGCUCCCUUUGUUGCUGUUGUAUGUUAAUUGGCUUGAGCUUGCCUUGCUUUGCUGCA